GCCCCCCGCCCGGCAGCUUCGGCAAUAGCAGCAGCAGCUGUCUGCGCCGCUAGUCCGCCGUCCUCCCAGCCGCCCGCCAUGGCUCGCGCGGGGGCCUCCUCCUCCUCCCCGCCACCGCCGCCACAGCCUCCCUUGCCUCUCACUCGGGAGGCGGCCGAGGAGGAGGAGGAGGAGGAGGAGGAGGAAGACGACGGCGAAGAAGACGGAGAGGAGGAGGAGGAGGAGGAGGAGGAGGAAGAAGAUCCCCCAGCCCGGGCUCUCAUGCCACGCUCCUCCCCGGUGCCCAGGCCUCAGCACUCCAGCGCCCCAGAGAGCUGCUCUUCGUCAGAGGACGACGGGGAGGAUGAUGGGCACCACCAGCACCCUUGCUUGGCCAGGCCACUCUCUGAGCAUCCCCCAGGCCUACCUGGGCCACCUUCCCAGCAUGCAGUGCAGGACAGCCGAGGGCUCCCCUCCCAGCAUGCUCAAGGGCACCCUGGACUGUUUUCCCAACAUGCCACUGCAGCUGCCACCCCCAUGGAGGAGCCCUCUCAGCACACCGCAGGCCGGCAUGUGCUGUUUGCUGAUGCCUUGGGCCUGCCCUUGGCACGCUGGCGGCGCUACCAGCCUUGGCCACCGCCUUCUCCAGAGUCUCCCCCUGAGGUGGUGCCUUCCUUGGCCUCCCUCCCUCCCUCCACAGGUACCCCCUACCUUUUGCCAUCCUUUGUGUUGCAACCAGUGGGGCAAGAUGAGGAUGAGAAGCUUGAACGGCUCCACCAGGCCAAGGUAGAAUUGGAAGAAGUUUUGCCACCAGAGCCUGGAGAGCCACGAGUGCUUCGUGGUACUGUGCGUGUGCUCAACGUUUCUUACCACAAGGCUGUGCAUGUGCGGGCCAGCAAAGACCGGUGGCAAAGUCACCGGGAUUACCCCGCCCUCUAUAUUCCAGGGGGCUCACCAGAUGGGGGCCUGACUGACCGCUUUGCCUUCCGCCUGGAGUUUGGCGAUGAGGAUGAGGAAGAUGAGGAAGAAGGAGGAGCCCGGCUUGAUUUUGUGGUGCGCUAUCAGACCGAAGAAGGAGUUUACUGGGCCAAUAACCAGGGCAAGAAUUAUAGUGUGGUACUGAAGGGGGCAGCGGCUACCCAAGUUCUACCCACGAGGUCUUAUAAAGAAGGUGAAUCACGUCGACUCAAGAGCUGUAUGAGGCCAGUCAAAAUCAGGUCAGGUGAAAAUGAGCUGCAAGUAGAGGACAUAACUCAGUAUAUUUAUUCUGAAGAAACAAGUGUUGACGGAAAUCUAUCCAAGGAAUUUCCAAACUCUUCUGUGAUGCAGCCUUCAACUCCAAUAAAACAGAUUCCAGAACUCACAAUCACUACUAACUCACCAGAAAAGAAGAACCCUUCUAGAGAUCAUCUCGUAGAUUUUACUGAUUCCCCACAGGGACAUGCUAUCAGGGUCCACACUACAUCUCAUGAGGAGCUGAAAGUGCCAUUGGGUUUCAUGCUAGGUGCUGAACCCCAUCCCUUGGGACAGUGGGAUGCUCCUGAAUUCAGCAAGUGUGACCUCACCACAGAGGGCUCCUUCAUGGAAGAAUGCAUGGAGGAACAGUUGAGAAGAUACCAAGAGCUGCCCCAUCGUUUGGAGGAAGAUGCCAUAGAUCGAGAACUGGAACAACUUUACUUGUCCCAUCUGAGCCGGCUUCGAGCAGAGGAGCUUGGAGGAAGAGGAGAGUGGUCUGAGGAGAGCUCAGGCAACAACACCAGUCCUGUACCAUCUCUCAUUGCAUUGCGUCAGAGUGUCUUGACUGAUCGUGACCUGAUAGUCAACUGGACAGGCCCAGAGAGAGCACUCAACAGUUCCCUGGCAAAAGAGAUCACACUGUACUAUGCUAAGCAACGGGGCGAUGACUCCAGAGAUAGUGAGGAGGAGGGAAUUAUGGCAGGUUAUGCAACACAGGGACCACCUGGGGUGGUGGGAUCAGGCCGUGAUAGCCCACCAGUCUUACUAGAAGGCUGCUUUCUAAAUCAUCUGGAAGAGGGAAAUGUCCAACAGAGUCCAAUGAAGGACUCUGACUCCUUUCCCAGCUUGAGAGUGGUGGCACCUAACACCUUGAGGCCGGUAAUUCCAGAGGCUAUGGUGAUGCCCCUUGUAGUUCCAGCCCGGACACUAGUGCCCCUACCAAAGCGGCCCACAGACCUGCCAUCCAGCCCUCUUGAUGCCCCUGGACAAGGCAAGAGCCAGGGCUUCUUGAUAGGGCAUGGCAGCCUCUGGCUGGGUGAGGGCCUUCAUGUCCACAAGCCCCCUGAAACCAGUCCCGUUCCUCAUAAUGAACUUGAAAAGAUCUUGACACGCUCCCUGCGGUUCCUCAGCCUCUUUGUCUUCCUUCCCGUGGUUUUCAACAGCUGCAUGCCUUUGGUGGCCGUUACACUUUACCUCCUUCUGGAUUGGUUCUCAUAAUUGGUAUGACUCUCAGAAGUGCCAAAGGCUCAUGAGAAGAUCUGUAACUUGGCUCUAUUCCCGUUUCACCUGAUCAGCUAAAAAUUUGGCAGUAGUAUCAGAUCUUUUUAGAGUUAAUAGCACAUCCAUUCUAAAUUUCCCAAGGUUCAGAACUAUUUAUUUUUAUUAGAUCAUCUGGUAUAAGAGAUGAAUUGCUUGGACAAUAAAAAUGAGCUAUAUGUGAAACUUGACAUGAAUUGGUUCUGAGGUAGCAUUUGUAAGACCCAGAGCGGGUGACAGAGGGCUCAAAGCCCCAAUAGCCCUCCCAUUCUCCCUUUGCACAGUUUAUUCAAGAAGGUUAGAAGCAACAGCAUUGUCCAUCCUUCAUUUUCAAAUAUAGAGAGGCAACUAAGUAUGCCUUAACGGCCUCAAAUCCUACUCAAAAAGCCAGAAUAUUAUUUCUCUUUUCCAUCUUUAAAAACAAAAUUCCUUGUUAAAAUUUAGUAGACUUUAUCUCUGUGUCUUUGGCCUUGCUCUUUCAGGUACUUGGCUGAAAUCCAGUUAGCUUACUUAUAAGAAGCAAGUCAAAAUGGCCCAUGUAAAACUUAAGAUAGAAUGUUUUAUUUAAAUUCUGUAUGCCCAUUCUCUAUAUAUUAGUGCAAAGUUUGGAAACUAAAUUCCUAGUAAGUUUGAGGAGCCUCUGGUUUUAUUAUAUUACAAAGUACCAACCUGUUCUGUGUAAGAGAUUUGGAGAAAUCAACCAGCUAGCUCAGUUUCUAUCUUGCUUUUCUCAUGUGCAAGUACAAAUGAUUACUAAUUAAGUGAAUUCUGCAUUAACAAACAAACAAAAAUCCCAUUGAGUUAAAAAUGACCCCACACCUAGUGCUAAUCUAUUGUAGAAGUUCCUUUGGCUCUUUGGGAAAGAAUGUAGGCUUAGACCUGAAUAUACUACCCUAUGACUUAGCAGUCUAUCAAUGUGAAAAAGACUAAUUAAGAGAUGACCCCUAAUCCCCAUUUAUUUUUACAAGGCUGGGAAAUUGUAAAUAUGUUUUGAAAAUAUCAUGAAGCACUUUCUUUCAGAAUGUUCUCCUGUGCCAGCCUCAAUGAAUUUAACAAGAAAAGUCCAAAGGCAAAAUAGCACUUUUGUUGAGCACCUGAUUUCAGAAGGAUUUGUGCAAUCCUGCAUUGUGCUCCACGUUUCUGUAAUUUCCCAUUAUUUGAAUGAAACAGGGAGACAGACAGAAGUUUUCCAUUCCAAAGAAGAUGGCAGCAUUUUCAGUUUUUUGUCCGUACAGCUUCUGCAAAAUACAAUCACAACCAUUCCAGAUGGCCUCUACAAUUGCACAGCCAAGUUCCAUUCAUGCCCCUAUCCUGAGCCAUACCCAGCUUCUUAGGAAGAAACUUUGGACUGCUGACUGUCUGUGCUUCUAGGACCCCUUUUCACUCCUGGAUCCUACACUUCUCUGCCACUGGCAGGGUCCAACGUAGAGGACUACAGGAAAGCUCCUUAAAACAGAUGGCCCCAUAUUUAUUUUUGUACCUGGUGGGAAGGCUGACUUUUUCUACCGUAGAAUUCAUCCCAAGAUAGAGAUUUUAUUUAUUAACAACUAGCAGUACAAACCCAGGCUGGUGGGUUUGCAGAAGAUUAAAAUAAUUUAUAUAUACAUGUUUGAUGUCUGCAGCAAAGGAGUAGAUUGGAAACAUCCUGUGUCUUUAUGUGCAAUAGGUUAAAAUGGCACUGAACUUGCUGUAAGAAGAAAGCCCACCCGCUUUCAUGCUGCUAAAUGUUUUUCAUUAACUUCCUCUUGAAUGUUGUACUGUCAACAGCUGCUGUGAUAUAGCUUGUGGGGCCUUGUGGAGGAAGUGGAGAUAUUUGUAUGGGUUCUGAAGCCACUUCUGUCUGCUGAUCCAGACAUGGUCCUGCUUUCCCCAUCCAUUGGUGAAUGCUCUUAAUUAAGGAACAUAGGGAGGUUUGGAAAGUGGAAUACUGUUUGUGCUUCAUGAAGAGAGAUCUGUCCUGACGUCAGUCAUCUUAAGAAAAAUCUGUAUUUUCCAGAUAAAAGCUGAGAUCAGAAUGUAAUUAGCAGUCACGGCUGUGUGUGUGUGAGUGAAUGAGUGAGUGAGAGAGAAUGUACACAUUUUUUUCUUAAUUGUCCCAUGGUUAACAUUUUUUGAUGUCCUACUAUUGUUCCUUCUGCCUUAUUCAAACUGUCAGAUCCUUCAUCAAGCAAAUAUGUCUUAUACAUGUUCCACACCACAUAAGUUCUGAAAAUUAUUUGGUACCUCCACUUGGCUACAAAGCAAGCAUUGAUUAUAAUUCAGAUGUCUAUAUGGAACACUGGUCAAAGCCAAAAUCUUCAUAAAUGAACAGGCUGCCUCUGGUGGCAGAUUGUUGAAUAACAUUAAGGACUGCACAGUGGGAUAUAAACAUAUUAUGGAGUAUUAUUCUUCAGAGAGUUCUUCUGCACAACUUAUAUCAAAAUGCAAAAUAUCUGCAUAAAACAUUGCUGUGCUUUUGCACAGCUCCUGGUCAAAUAAUGUGUAGGAGAAUUUAUAUGUGGAAUGUGCUUCAUGUUAAUUAGAGGUUUCUGUGGAUUUGGGGAUACCCAAUUUCAAAGUAUUUUGAAUUAGCUCUUGUAAAACUAGGCUUACUUUAGUGCUUUUACUUUAUAUUGUUGCUAACUUUCAGCAUUCAGCUGGCCAGUUUAGAGUACAGUUGUUUCAAGAUUCUCCAUCUGCACGUAGGAAGCUAGAGAGUAUGCAAGAAAGCUAUACUAGAUUCUUCCUUAUGUGUACUUUAUUUUUAAAUGAAGUGUGUUCAGUAAUAUGAACCCCUACCUUCAGUUCAAUGUUGUGUACUUUAAACAUAGUAUCAAUAACAGCUAGAUUGCAGGUUGUUAUAAAAAAUCAUCUCUAUAACCACCAUUGUGUAUCUGCGCUAAUGUAUAAAUCUUUGCUCCCACUGGAUCCUGUAUACUAACUCUUCACCAACAUUAUUAUAGAAAAAUCAGUGGUUUCUCUUCUCUGAGCAGCAAUAAUAAAAUGUAAUUCAGAGGAGGUAGGAAGUUUGGGUAAUCUUUAUAAUUAAUAUUGAAACUAAAUAGAUGUAAGUGCACAAAUAUAAUUGUAUGCAACAGGUUAGCAUGUGUAAUAAUUACAGCUACUCUUUAUAAUACAUUAACAAGUUACAAAUUUUUUCUGGGUCAUGAAAAAUACAAGCCAGAAACAACUAGGAGAGCCAAGUUCAUAACUCCUUCCAUUAAUGCACAGGGCCUCAUUAUAUUUCCAAUAUUAUAUUUGCAAAAAUUCAGGUAAUUUUUCAGAACAAUAUUAUACUCUGGUAAUAUACUAGAGCAAGAACAAAAAUGAAUCCUAUGACAUCCUGAAGACCUACAUCUAAUGUAGCAUUGAUUUUUGUGGGUAAUAUUGUUAGAUAUCUGGAAUAGAGAGAAGAGUACUAUAUAUGCACAGCCAUUUGGAAGAAUAGGUUAAUGGAAAUGGUAGAAAGAAAGAUCAGGAACACUGAAAGCUAUCUCUAGAUACUGGCCAAUAAUUCAAAAAUUAUCAGUAAUUUAACAAAAGAUCAAGGGUUUUCUUAUUACACUGCAUGUGUUAAAUCAGCUCAUCAGUGUAAGAGUAACUGACACAUUCAACAGUUUUGUUAAUGGUCAAAGAGUGAGUUAUUUAUAUUUUAUUUGCAAAGUUAAACUAGCUGAAGGUAGUUAUUCAAGCUAAACUAUAUUGCUUACAAUUUUGGAAUUAUUGAAAAAUGGUCAGAUAGAUGGUUGCGAAAGCCCAGCUGUCUAAUUUUUUAGGGAUGAGAGGGUAAUUUAUUUGAUCCUUUUUGUGGUUAGCUUUUUAGGCUGUGCUGACCUCUUCUUGUAGUAUAGAAGCUGGUUCUGUCCAGUAGUUUUAUCUUGAUGCAAAUUGUCUUACGCAUGCAGAAUGCAUUGUGGAGAUUUCACUUCUGCCACUGGUAUUUGUGGCUUUGUCCAGAAGAGACUUAUUUUCUGUGAACAGACUGAAUCCAUGCAGUUUGGGAGGGGGGGAGGGAGGUAAACUGUGCAGGUUGAACUAGUAUCAAGCUAUGGAUUUAUGAAUGAGAAAUCAUGCUUGUUCAGCCCUUGAAACUUAGCUUGCUGGAGAACACUAAAGAAGAGAAUUAGCAGUGGUACAUUUGUCCAUGAUUUAAAAGCAACAACUCUGCAUCCUUUCUUCAAUUUUGCAAUCACCCCAUGGUGUGGAAUUAGAUUACAAUCCCAGAAGCCUUAUUUGUUUGAGCAGCCUUCCCCCAAGAUAGAGCCCUUUAGAUGUCUUGGACUCCAUCUCUUAGACUGAGGCUGCUGUCUUUGAUCAUGUUCCUCAGCCAGGUCUUUUGCUAUGGAAAAAGAUCUGUGCAUGGUAGACUAUAGGGAGCAUGGCAGGAAAUCUGUUAUGUAUCUGCUACUGUAGAGCAAGGAAUUGGAUGGGACUAACGUGUGUGUGUGUGGGUGUGGAUGUGUUUAUAUGUGUAUGUGUGUACAUCCUUUUGAGCUGUGCCUGCUUCAGAAGCACUAAUAAACAUCCUGACUAUA